GGGAGGGCGGCUGAGGCGGCUGAGGCGGCUACUACCUCACAGCGCCCGGGAACGCGCCUCGCUGCUUCGUUCCCCGCCCCGCCAGUCGGUCGCGGGAGGAUCCCCACCGAGCGGCUCGCGAGACACGUGGCCAUCAGUAAUCAUGAACAACCCAUUCGCACACCUUGCUGAGCCAUUAGAUCCUGCACAGCCAGGAAAGAAAUUCUUCAAUUUGAAUAAAUUAGAAGAUUCAAGAUAUGGACGCUUACCAUUUUCAAUCAGAGUUCUGCUGGAGGCAGCUGUGCGAAACUGUGACAAGUUUUUGGUUAAAAAAGAAGACAUUGAAAAUAUCUUAAACUGGAAUGUCAUGCAGCAUAAGAACAUAGAAGUGCCAUUUAAACCCGCCCGCGUCAUCCUACAGGACUUUACGGGUGUACCAGCUGUGGUUGACUUUGCUGCAAUGCGUGAUGCUGUGAAAAAAUUAGGGGGAGAUCCAGAGAAAAUAAACCCUAUCUGUCCUGUUGAUCUUGUAAUUGAUCACUCCAUCCAGGUUGAUUUCAACAGAAGGGCUGACAGUUUACAGAAGAAUCAAGACCUAGAAUUUGAAAGAAACAGAGAACGAUUUGAAUUUUUAAAGUGGGGCUCCCAGGCUUUUCGAAACAUGCGGAUUAUUCCUCCCGGCUCAGGAAUCAUCCAUCAGGUGAACUUGGAGUACUUGGCAAGAGUGGUGUUUGAUCAAGAUGGGUAUUACUACCCAGAUAGCCUUGUGGGCACUGAUUCUCAUACCACCAUGAUCGACGGUUUGGGCGUUCUUGGUUGGGGUGUGGGAGGUAUCGAAGCGGAAGCUGUCAUGCUGGGUCAGCCAAUCAGUAUGGUGCUGCCACAGGUGAUUGGCUACAAGCUGAUGGGAAAGCCUGACCCUCUGGUGACAUCCACUGACAUCGUGCUCACCAUUACCAAGCACCUCCGCCAGGUUGGGGUCGUGGGUAAGUUUGUUGAGUUCUUUGGGCCAGGAGUAGCCCAGCUGUCCAUUGCUGACCGAGCUACGAUUGCCAACAUGUGUCCGGAGUAUGGAGCAACUGCCGCCUUCUUCCCAGUUGAUGAAGUCAGCAUUAAGUACCUGGUGCAGACAGGUCGUGAUGAAAGCAAAGUGAAGCAUAUUAGAAAGUAUCUUCAGGCUGUGGGAAUGUUCCGAGAUUUCAGUGACCCCUCUCAAGACCCAGACUUCACCCAGGUUGUGGAAUUAGAUUUGAAGAUGGUAGUGCCUUGUUGCAGUGGACCCAAAAGGCCUCAGGACAAAGUUGCUGUGUCUGACAUGAAAAAGGACUUUGAGAGCUGCCUUGGUGCCAAGCAAGGAUUUAAAGGAUUUCAGAUUGCUCCAGACCGUCACAAUGACCAGAAGACGUUUAUCUAUAAUAAUAGUGAAUUCACCCUUUCUCAUGGUUCUGUGGUAAUUGCAGCCAUUACUAGCUGCACAAACACCAGUAAUCCAUCUGUGAUGUUAGGAGCAGGUCUGUUAGCAAAGAAAGCUGUGGAAGCUGGCUUGAAUGUGAAGCCUUAUGUGAAAACCAGCCUGUCCCCUGGAAGUGGCGUGGUCACCUACUACCUGCGGGAGAGUGGAGUCAUGCCUUACUUAUCUCAGCUGGGGUUUGACGUGGUGGGCUAUGGCUGCAUGACCUGCAUUGGCAACAGUGGACCCUUACCUGAGCCUGUGGUAGAAGCCAUCACACAGGGAGACCUUGUAGCUGUCGGAGUACUCUCUGGGAACAGGAAUUUUGAAGGCCGAGUCCACCCCAACACCAGGGCCAACUAUUUGGCUUCUCCUCCUUUAGUCAUAGCAUAUGCAAUUGCUGGGACCAUAAGGAUUGACUUCGCGAAAGAGCCAUUGGGGACAAAUACAAAAGGGCAGCAGAUAUUUCUGAAAGAUAUCUGGCCAACUCGAGAGGAGAUCCAGGCAGUGGAGCGGCAGUACGUCAUCCCUGGGAUGUUCACGGAAGUCUAUCAGAAAAUAGAGACUGUGAAUGCAAGCUGGAAUGCCUUAGCAGCCCCGUCAGAUAAGCUUUAUCUCUGGAAUCCUAAAUCCACAUACAUUAAGUCACCACCAUUCUUUGAAAACCUGACUUUGGAUCUGCAGCCCCCUAAAUCUAUAGUGGAUGCCUAUGUGCUCUUGAAUUUGGGAGAUUCAGUAACAACGGAUCAUAUCUCUCCAGCUGGAAAUAUUGCAAGAAACAGUCCUGCUGCUCGCUACUUAACCAACCGAGGCCUAACUCCGCGAGAAUUCAAUUCCUACGGCUCCCGUCGGGGAAAUGAUGCCAUUAUGGCACGGGGAACAUUUGCCAACAUCCGCUUACUGAACAAAUUUUUGAGCAAGCAAGCACCACAGACUAUACACCUGCCUUCCGGGGAAACGCUUGAUGUUUUUGAUGCUGCUGAGCGGUACCAGCAGGCAGGCCUUCCCCUGAUCGUUCUGGCUGGCAAGGAGUACGGCUCAGGCAGCUCCCGAGAUUGGGCAGCCAAGGGUCCUUUCCUGCUGGGAAUCAAAGCUGUCCUGGCCGAGAGUUACGAGCGCAUUCACCGCAGUAACCUGGUGGGAAUGGGGGUGAUCCCCCUGGAGUACCUCCCGGGUGAGAACGCAGACUCUCUGGGACUCACAGGGCAGGAGCGAUAUACCAUCAUCAUUCCAGAAAACCUCAAACCACGAAUGAAUGUCCAAGUCAAGUUGGACACCGGGAAGACCUUCCAGGCUGUCAUGCGGUUUGACACUGAUGUGGAGCUCACUUACUUCCACAAUGGCGGCAUCCUCAAUUACAUGAUCCGCAAGAUGGCCAAGUAGGCUCUGGUUUCUUAGGAAAGUCGAACCUGGUGCUGCUCCCAGGCCAGCCGCUCAUCAGCACAAUUCUGAUGGAGACACGUUGCCACGCCCUCACAGAGAGCUGUGCCUCACAGUGAGUGAGCACAGGGUUGUAGUGCCUUUCCUGGAGGCAGAAAACCAAAAGUUUUUACAUUCUC